CCUCCAGUGGAGAAUGUUUCGCUUGAUGAAAGUCAGGCAAUUGUACUGACCUGUGGUGUGGACGACAUGCCCCAAACUGUCAUAUUCUGGCGCUACCCACACACCGUCUACAAUUCCAGCAGACGAGUGGUUGUCACGGAGAUGGACAACGGUCGGACAUCAUCUCUGAGCAUUCAUCAAGCAGUCAGUGCAGACAGUGGUGUGUACAUAUGCAUCGCCAAGAACAGCACUGGACAAAUCGAGCACCGUGUCUCUGUUAUCGUCAGCCCAACUACGGUGAAGGUCGGCCAGAACGUAUCAAUAGCUUGCUCUGUGAACUCCACGUUGCCUGGCCAGAGAGCAGUGUGGAGUGUUGUCAGAGGUUUGGCUGCUGACUCUAACAUCACUCUCAAUAAGCGUUACACACGGCAUGGAUCGCACUUGACGAUCAGUCGUCUUGAAUUGUCUGACAGCGGACGGUUCCUGUGUCGGCUAGUUGAUGGCAAUGAUACAGAGUUGUCUAUGCGGGAAGUCACCCUUCUAGUCCUGGGCGCACCUGUCAUCAAACCGUCCCGAGCUGAUUUGAGCUUCAUAAUCACAGCACACGACAAUAAUGAGACAGUUCUUCUGGAUGUGAUCCUUGAAAGCUCAACUCCAGUGUCGGUGGUUUGGAAAAGGAAUGGUGUGGUUUUGGCGGACACUGUCCAUGCCAGACAGUUGUCUAACCAUUCAUUCCUGAUCUGUCGUGUCCUGUCCCGUGACCAUGGAAACUACACAGUCUUGGCCAUAAACGACUAUGGAUCGGCCUUCUUCUUCAGUAAUGCUACGACCACACGUAUUGCUACUACCGUUCCUUCCACUGCUGGUCCCACCCCUGCUCCCACCCCUGCUUCCACCCCUGUUCACACCACUGCUCCCAACGACUCGUCCACAUUCCCUCCAUCUUCGACUGACUCGGCAGUUGGCGGCACAACUCGCACUAUCAUCAUUGCCAUCACGAUCAGUGUACUGGUGCUAUGUGCGGUGGCUGCCAUGGCUUUCAUCUGCCGCAGGCGCCGUCGCUCCGAGAUCUUGAACAUGAAAGAGGAAAGGCUAGGACCCAGCCCGUCCAAUUGGCAAGCUUUGUUAGAGCACGCACAUGCUACUAACCGUGAUGAGAUGUCAAAUGUCACACCCCUCUCUAGCCUGCCGCCGUAUGCCAAUACGAUAUUGGAGUGAAAUAAAAUAAGAUAAAAGUGGCAUUUUAAAGCUUCCAGCCUUCCAUUCCUGCCGGAAGCAGAGGUUUAUUAUCAAGGGGUCACGGCAGGCGACAGUGUUCAAAUGCUAUUUCCCCCGGUUGUAUUCUGCAUUCCGAUUUAUUUGAUUGGUGUUGCAGCGACUUUCAUAUGACUCUAUGAGUCUAGUCUUUCAAGUUAAUAUCAUGACCUACCAGCAGUAUACAUGACGAUUGUAUACUUUUUGCUAGAGAAAAGUGUUAAUAUUUCUUUUCUUUUUAAUGUACUAUAUACAGUACGUAUCGCCUAUAAUG